AUGUCGACGUUACGCUGCUACUUCUCGCUCUUCCUCUCGCUGAUCCUAUUGGCGUUGUUGCCACGGACGCUAGCCAGUGAUGCGUUCCAAGCACCAAGGCCAAUACUUGUCCGGAUCACCAAGGACACCUCCACCUCGCUCUACACCAUGUCCAUCAGGACCGGCUCGCGCCUCGUCCUCGACCUCGGCGGCCCGCUCCUCUGGUCGACGUGCCUCGCCGCGCACAGCACCGUCCCGUGCCGCUCCGACGUGUGCGCCGCCGCGGCCGUCCAGGACAACCCGUGGAACUGCAGCUCGAGCACCGACGGCCGCGGCAGCGAUGGCGGCGGCGGCAGGGGCCUGUGCGCGUGCUCCGCCUACCCGUACAACCCGCUCAACGGCCAGUGCGCGCGUGGGGACGUCACGACGACGCCGAUGCUGGCGAACGUCACCGACGGCGUGAACCCGCUGUACCCCGUGGCGUUCCCGGUGCACGCGGCUUGCGCGCCGGGCGCGCUCCUGGGGUCGCUCCCGUCGGGCGCCGUCGGCGUCGCUGGGCUGUCCGGUGCUCCCCUGUCGCUGCCGUCGCAGGUGGCGGCGUCGCUCAAGGUGGAGAGGAAGUUCGCGCUGUGCCUCCCCGGCGGCGGCGGCACCGGCGCGGCCAUCUUCGGCGGCGGGCCGUUCCACCUCCUGGUGGUGCCGGAAGAGUUCGGCAUGGUCUCGAACGGGCUCAGCUACAUCAGCUACCUCAGGAACCCCAAGAACGGCGGCUUCUACCUCGACGUCGUCGGCAUCGCCGUGAACCACCGCGGAGCGGACGUGCCCCCGGACUCCCUCGCCCUCGACGCCGGCACCGGCCACGGCGGCGUGAUGCUGAGCACGGUGGCGCCGUACACCGCGCUCCGGCCGGACAUCUACCGCGCCGUGAUCGAGGCGAUCGACGCGGAGCUACGCCUCAUCGCGCGCGCGCCGCCGUCGUGGCCGUUCGAGCGGUGCUACCAGAGGUCGGCGAUGUGGUGGACGCGCAUCGGCCCGUACACGGCGAGCGUCGACCUGAUGCUGGCCGGCGGCCAGAACUGGACGAUCGUCGGCGCCAGCGCCGUGGUGGAGGUGAGCCAGGAGGCGGCGUGCUUCGCGUUCGUCGACAUGGGCGCCGCGGCCGCGCCGGCGGUGAUCAUCGGCGGGCAUCAGAUGGAGGACAACCUGGUGGUGUUCGACCUGGAGAAGUGGCAGUUCGGGUUCAGCGGCUUGCUACUCGGCACCAUGACCAGGUGCGGCAACUUCGACUUCAGCAUCGGCAGCCAGUGA